GUAAAAGUUACUGAACUGGCAGGUUAAAGUCAAUUUCCCACAACAUCGCAGCUUGACAAUAUAUGUUGCCAUUGAAUGGCUGUCAGUGUGAGCUUGCUGGGUUACUCUAAACUGAAUAAGUACGGCAAUGACCUGCAAACUGAAUGGGCUUUUCAGCCUUGGCGAGGACUUUGAUGAUGAGGACUUGCUUGGCACAGACUGGACUGCCUGCUCAGCUUCUGCAACAGCUGCUGUGUCAUCCGGCUCUCUGCGGGCAUCCUCUGCUGCUCACAGAGAGCCGGAGAAAGUUUGCCAUCAGCAGACUGGAGGGAGCUCGUCUUCCCAGCAUAAUGGCCUGGCAUCGUUGAGAAGCACACACACUGAUGCUGCACAAACUGUUUCCGCGGGUUUGAGGCAGCUCUCACACGCCGCUCAGACUCGCUCCACUCCUCCGCCGGCUCUGAUUCACCCUGGAACAAAUCUGGCAGCAGGGCAGAGCCGUGCCAACACUAAGGACCUUCUGAAGCCUGGUGCGGCUGAGGAUGAGUUUGAUGAAUGGGAUGUUGACCUGGCAGACUUGGAUGAGUGUGACAGCCGGAUGGGGCAACCGCCUAAAUCUGCAGCAACAGUUGAGCCUUUGUCUUCAGCCAAAACACAGCAGUGCUCAACAAGUGGAGGGGGUCAAACGACGCCUAAUCGCAUGCUGAGAGGUUUCAGCACUGCAUGCAAGACUUCUGGCUCGUCUAGUUAUGUCGCAGCUCCUCGAAACCUCUCCGUUGGACGUUGGCAGUCUCCAAAUCCGUGCAUGUCUUCCCCGUCAGCUCCUCCGAGGAGUCCCUCUGUUUUUCCCGGCCUCACUGCAACAUCUCCAGCUCACAGCAGCCUUUCAAGGACACUCAGAACCCCCCAACAGCAGCAGAGACCACGGGUCACUCCACAUGCCUCCCCUCAGUCUCGGUGCCUUUUUGAGACAGUCUCUCCAGGUUCUUCCUCUGUUGGCUCCUCCGCGCUGAGCCCUCAUCCCCUACACGCACCGUUUCUCACCAAUCGCCUGGUCCAGCUGGUCUCGGCCUCAAAUAAGCUUCCCAAAAAGAGGCCUCGCUCUGAAGCUCAGCAUCCCAGAACGCGGCGCUUCCCCGGGCCUGCAGGACUUCUGCCUCAGCAGCCUCAGACUCAAAACCUGGACCAGAUCGUGGUUUCUGUUCCUCAGACUCCUGCUCAUGGGGUUGUGGCUCGACUGCCAAGCCAGGGUUCCUGCUCACAGCCUGAGGAAGACGAGUUCGGCGCUGGCGGCUGGGCAGCCAUGAAGGCAGAGAUGGGGCUGGACGAGAGGAACCCGUCCUGUUUCCUGCACACCUACAGCGUGGUCAUGGUGCUGCGCAAGGCUGCACUGAAACAACUUACGAGAAACAAAGUGCCCAACAUGGCUGUACUUCUGAAGAGCCUGGUCCACACUCAUGCAGAUGCCAAGGCUGUGUUCAAGGACCCCACAGGGGAGAUUCAGGGAACGGUGCACCGGCGUCUCCUAGACGACAGAGCAGACGAGCUGAAGGUUGGAGCUGUGCUGCUGCUCAAACAAGUGGGUGUGUUUUCCCCCUCGCAUCGUAACCACUACCUGAAUGUCACACCCAACAACCUGCUGGGGAUCUAUGCCCCUGACGGGGUCCGCCUGGCCUCUUCUCAACUCCCAGCGUUGGUUCUGGAUCCCAUGUCGCUGUCAGCCGCUCCGGCUCCCGCUGGCCCGCAGGAGCCGGUGUCUCAAAUGCAGCUGCUGUUUGACGAAGAGGACGAUGACGGGAGAGAGGUGGAAAGACGCAUGGAGAGAGAUGGAUACCCGGCGGCACAAACACACACAGAGAAUGAGAAAUCGACCGACACCAGCAGAGGCUUCCAAGAGACCGGCAGGAAUCCGUCACCACAGGACGCCGCUUGGGAUGCAGAUGAUGACCUGGAUGAACUGCUGGGGGAGAUGUCUGAGGACACCUACAGCCUUUGAUGCCAACUUUACAUCAAACCUUCUAUACAAAGUGUCACCAUCUUUUAAAGCCGGGUCUCCUGUCGUCACAUCUUCAAAACCACCUCUGAAUAUGUACUGAGUUUUUUCCCCCGUGAAGUGUCAUAUUUGUUCAGUAUCCAUAAAUGCAUGUCAGUUUUCUGCAUCGCCGUGAUUGAUGUGUACCUUGGAGAUAUUAUGUAAGUAUUCAUUUAUUAAAAAAAGCAACAUGGCUUAUAAAGUGGGGCAGAUCUGCUCACUUACCAAACGUGUUAUAGUUUUUCAAGUCCGUAACACAGAGAGGUGUCGUCUCGGUGUCCAGCAUGGGUUUGUAGAUCCAGACGUGUUGACCCACUCCUUAGUCUCAGCAGGUGGAAUCGGAUGAACCCGUCAUGGUCCAGUGGAGCAGACUUAACUCCCCACACCCAGACCGCUGCGCUGCCCUCGCCUUACCAACACAUUCAGCUCAAACCUGAACUUUGUAAUACUACAUUUGUUGUAAAUAAAUAACUUGACGUUCUAAAAAAAGAAGAGAGAAAAUAGCUGGUAUGUCUCAGCUCUCCUUUCAGCCGGUUUUUAUACAGCGUGUCACUGCUGAGACAUCACCACGCCUGUUGUUUGUCCAUCUUUCUGCAUAAAUGAAGUCGGCACGUGAGAGCGCAGUGUUCACUCCGAGUAUAAAUGAUGUCUCGAAUGCAAAGUUGAGCUUGUAUCUUUAACGUUUGGUAAAAAAAACAGCAAUCCAGAUACUUUAGGCUAAUAUGAACAGAACCAGCAUCUCCAUUACUGGAUGACUUUGCAGUAAAGCCAGAAAUAAAGGUUAUGGGGCGAGUGAUUGGAAUAAAAGCAUGUUAACUAUCCAUUAUCAACCUAAGAGCCAUUUACAGAGAUGCAUUUUGUGUUUGAGUGCUAACCCUUUCAAAUGUUUAAGGUGGACAAAUUAACUCACUUUGGUCAACUGCAGGAUGAAACAAAUGAACAAAUCUGAUAGUUUUGGCUUCACUUUCGGUCAUUGUAGUCUUACAUCUGACUGUUGUGUAAUGAAGUAAUUAUUGUGCUUUUUUCAUUUUUCCAUAUUCGGUCAAAUAUUAAGCAAGCUUUCAAUUUUGAAAGCUCUGCUUCUGUCGGGAGAAACACUGAUGAUUAAAGCUUUGCAAAUGUUCGCUUUCCUGAGGAAAAGUUGCCUCCUUAAAAAUCCUUAACUUGAAAUCACCCGGAGAGAUAAAAUCUGUUUCACAACCAAGAAAAUAAAGACGUUAGAACUGACUCUUGGAUCAAAAGUCUUGUCCACAGAAUAUGUCAUGAGAAAAAAUGAGCAGCAGAAACACCAGCAGGGGGUGGCAUUCGACACCCUCCCUGCCAGUUUAGGUCCUGGUAGACAUCAUUAGGGCGGCUCAGGAGCCCAUGAAGACGCAGGCAUGCCAACCCCCACUUCAGAAGACCAGUGAUGGAACUCCUAAUUGGAGUUGAAUUUAAUUUGAUCAGAAUAUCUUUUUGAAAUUCACUGUGGAUCAAAAACAAAA